AAUCAGAUGGUACAACACACACCUUCUGCAUAAACACUUUGUCCACCAUUUUCCUAACACUGAGUGAAGAUCGAUCGGAUGGAAGCCUUUGCUAUGGGGUUCGCGGAGGGCGUCACUACGUCCCUCUUAGGGAAGCUAGGAAACAUCCUGGCAGAAGAAGCAGGAUUGCUUGCAGGCGUCGAAGAUGACAUACAGUACAUACUGGAAGAGCUCAAGAGCAUGGACUCCUUCCUGGCCGUCCUGUCUUCCUCGCUGGAUCAUAACAAGCAAGUGAAAACAUGGAUGGAGCAAGUUAGGGAUUUGGCUUACGAUGCUGAGGAUUGCGUUGACGUGUUCCGACAUCGUCUCCGGAGGCCUCGCCACCAGCAUCCACUGGCAGGCGUGCUCCUCCAUACUGUUCGCCUGCUGAGGACACUCAAAGCACGUCACUCUAUCGCAACUGACCUGCGCAAGCUAAAGCUCCGCGCUCGCGAUGUGAGCGAGAGGCGUGCACGCUACGCCCUCGGAAUUGGCCCUUCUCCGGGAGGCGCAAGAAGUUUCAGCUCAAGUAGUGCCUCCAGCUCUUCUGGCCUUCUUCGACGUUGUGCUUCUUUUGUGAAGGAAGUUGGACCCAUGGGCAUGGAUCAUUACAAGCGUGAGAUUGUUGGGCGGCUAAUGGAGGAGAACGAUCCCCAACUCAAGGUAAUUUCUAUCGUCGGCAUUGGUGGAUUGGGCAAGACGACUCUGGCAAAGAUGGUAUAUCAAAGCUCGGCCGUCACCGGCGGCUACUUCCAAGCCCGCGCAUGGAUUGAGAUGCCACGAUGUUUCAAGAUCGAGCCACUUCUCCGAAACAUGAUUCGACAAUUCUCCUCCAGGGGUCAGCAGAUCCUAGAUAUCUUGGGGGUUGAUCCCAUGAAUCCGGGACUCACCGUGUUUGGUGACGGCAUACCAUUCCACAACUAUGGAAGGACGAGACUACUGAGGGUGUUGGACUUGCAAGGAUGCAAGGGUCUCCGUCACAAUCACCUCAAGAACAUCUCCCAGUUGUUUCUUUUGAGCUUCCUAUCUCUGAGAAACUCUUCUGUAGAGAAGCUUCCAGAUUCGAUCGGAGACCUGCCGAACCUGCAGACUCUGGACAUCAGAGGAACAGGCAUCAAGAAGUUCCCCGGUGCGGCUGUCAAACUCAAGAAGUUGGCCUAUCUUCUCGCGGGCACCAAAUUCCAUUUUGAAGCUAACAGAGUCGAGUUUUCCGGCAGUUGGUCCUAUGAGAGUUUGAGGAUGCCGACAGGAGUAGGGAAGAUGAAAGGGCUGCGAAAUUUGGGACUAAUAACUGUUACCAACUCGAUUGUGCUGCGGCAGAUAGGCAAGCUAACCCAGCUUCAGAAGCUAAGCAUCGAUGUUACCGUAAGAUACGUACGAAGGGUCGUACAUAUCGGUCCUGAAUACACCCGACGAAAGGAGCACUUCGUCGACUUGCUUUCGAAGCUCGACAGUUGCCUUCGUUCCUUAACCAUUCUUGACAACGGCAAUGGCCUGGGUCAGAUUCUAAACAACCUACAUAGACCGCCCUUGCUCCUCCAUGACAUACAGCUCGUGGGCUUUCUCCAAACUUUGCCGGUUUGGGUCGCAUCGCUAAACAGGAUUGUCAAGAUAACACUACGGUUCACGUUCCUAAUGCGAGAUGCUGUACGAGUCUUGAAAAAUCUCCCCGCACUUGCCCAACUAGUACUUGGAUAUAAUUCACUCGAUGAAUGCGACGAACAACUAGUCUUCGACCAUAAUGGAUUUAAAGGCUUGAAGUUAUUGCACAUGGAAUCCGUGGACGUGAGUUUCCGAGAAGGAGCACUGCCAAAUCUCGAGUGGUUGAAAUUAAUCGGCCACUUCGGUGACCAAAGCAUCUCAGGGAUGCAACAUCUCCACAGUCUCAAGGAAGUCUACCUGGAUAUCGGUAAUGAACGACUCCAGGAAAUGAUUAGAACAACGGCUGCAGUACAUCUGAACCGCCCCAAAUUUGUGAUCGCGUAAAAAAAUCUGUGGAGAGGUCUUCUUCUUUUCAAUCUUACCAGCGUUGUAAAUGUUCAUAUCAUUAAAUUUGUCUCUUGCUAAUCUUCCUCAUCCCCCACCCUCUUCGACAUUAUUAUGUGAUGCUUAGCAUCUCCCAAGUCUCUAUAAAAA